GGCUUUACCGGUAGUGUCCCCGAGCCGGAGCUUGGUGGCGUUGGUCGCAGAGCUUAGGAGGGCGGGCGUGCGGGGUCCGGGUCCCUGUGACCUAGGGCUGCGAGCCUCGCGGACGGCGGUUGCUGUUUGGCAGGCCUGCCCUAGGAUGUGCGGCCGGAGUAGGGGCGGCUGACCGGGAGGGACGGUCGUCCCGGGUUGCCAACGAGCCGUGGUGUUGAUUCCCUGGCUCCGGAUGUCAGAAGCACAGCGACUCACUCGGGCUGGUCUUCUGUGGGUUGAAAUGUCUAUGAUUUUAUCUGCCUCAGUCAUUCGUGUCAGGGAUGGACUACCACUGUCUGCAUCUACUGAUUAUGAGCAGAGCACAGGAAUGCAGGAGUGCAGAAAGUACUUUAAAAUGCUCUCAAGGAAACUUGCUCAAUUUCCUGAUAGAUGUACACUGAAAACUGGACACUAUAACAUUAAUUUUAUUAGCUCUCUGGGAGUGAGCUACAUGAUGUUGUGCAGUGAAAAUUAUCCAAAUGUUCUCGCCUUCUCUUUCCUGGAUGAGCUUCAGAAGGAGUUCAUUACUACUUAUAACAUGAUGAAGACCAAUACUGCUGUCAGACCAUACUGUUUCAUUGAAUUUGAUAACUUCAUUCAGAGGACCAAGCAGCGAUAUAAUAAUCCCAGGUCUCUUUCAACAAAAAUAAAUCUGUCUGACAUGCAGAUGGAAAUCAAGCUGAGGCCCCCUUAUCAAAUCCCAAUGUGUGAACUGGGAUCAGCCAAUGGAGUCACAUCCGCAUUUUCUGUUGACUGUAAAGGUGCUGGUAAGAUUUCUUCUGCCCAUCAGCGACUAGAACCAGCAACUCUGUCAGGGAUUGUGGCGUUUAUCCUUAGUCUUUUAUGUGGAGCUCUGAAUUUAAUUCGAGGCUUUCAUGCCAUAGAAAGCCUCCUGCAGAGUGAUGGUGAGGAUCUUAAUUACGUUAUUGCAUUUUUCCUUGGGACAGCAGCCUGCCUUUACCAGUGUUACUUACUUGUGUACUACACCAGCUGGCGGAAUGUCAAAUCAUUUCUGACUUUUGGCUUAGUCUGUCUGUGCAACAUGUAUCUCUACGAACUGCGCAACCUCUGGCAGCUCUUCUUUCAUGUGACUGUGGGGGCAUUUGUGACACUGCAGAUCUGGCUGAGGCAAGCCCAAGGCAAGGCUCCUGACCAUGAUGUCUGACAUCCCCCUUCAGAUGAUUUGCCUUUGCCUUCAGGGGAAGAAGGAGAGGACAUAAAUUAGUGGCCACUGUGAUGAAGAAACCAGUCACCACACAUGAGAAGCUCUGCUUUCUUUCUCUGCUCAUUUUUGUUUUACAAAUCAGCCUGGCAUGCCUGUGAGCGUGUGAGACCUGGUACGAAAACUCCCACAAGGAUCCUGCAGUGGAAUGUCAGGCACAUCACAGUAGAAGAAGUUCAGCAUCACCUGAAGACUUGGCAGGUAGCACUGAAUCCUCACUAGAGAGUUAAGCAAAGCUUAGUCAUGGGACGUGCUCUGAGGACCAAGCAGAAGUGCUACAACCUGAGUUUGCCUUUGUGAGGCAUUAGUGUAGACCAAUGAAGAGGAUGCUGCAGGAACUGGAAAGCUCCGAUCUAAAACAGCCACUGUACUAAGUGUCAGAUUAUUUGCACAAUUAUAGUACCAAGAGUUUAUGAAGCCUAGAAUGGCAUGAAAUUGGUUUUUUUACUUUUCUGUGUCUGCUACCUUCUAACUCUGGAGAUCACCUGGUGUGGGAGAGGGCUGUGAUGCACAGCUCUACAAUAUCACAAGUCCGACACCACAGUGAUACAUGUUUUCUUUCUAGACCAUGUUUAUCAUUUCUUUUGAAAUCACUAAAAAUACACAAUUCAUUUGAC